UCUACCCAGAACAUAUACCAAGAAAACUAGCGUGCUUUAGGCUUAGGAUUAGGACUUACGAUUACGAGAUGUCAACGACCACAGCCACCCCCACGCUGAGCAUGAAGCUCCUCAUCGACAGGAGGACCCAGCGGGUGCUGUUCGCAGAGGCGAGCAAGGACGUCGUGGACUUCCUCUUCUCCCUCCUCACGCUGCCUGUCGCCACGGCGGUGAAGCUGGUCGGGAAGGACGCCUUAGUCGGCUGCGUCUGCAACCUCUACGCCAGCGUCGAAAAGCUCGACUCCGUCUACCUGCAGGCCGGCGUCGCCAAGGAAGCGCUCCUAUGCCCUAAGGUUGUCUUGCCAGCGGCUAACACCAACAGCUCCCUCCUCCGUCUGCCGGAGCCGCCGGUGGUGGAGCCAAAUAAUAUGUAUAGAUGCACCGGCAAUACCUACGGCAUGUGCCGCACCUACAUCACGGACGAGUACGGCAAGAUGUGCCCGCAUUGUAGAUGCUCUAUGACGACGGCAGCGCAGUACCUGCUGUCGGCGCGGGGUUCCUGCGGUGGCUCCGGUCAGGUGGCGGCGCCGAAGAGCGCGGCGGGAGGGUUCGUCCAGGGCAUCGUCGUGACGUACACUGUGCAGGAUGACCUGACGGUGACGCCCGUGUCCUCUAUCUCUAGUGUCUCCCUGCUCAGCACCUUCUCCGUGAGGGACAUCUACGACCUCCAGGAGAAGACCGUGCAGCUGGGCUACAACGAGGGUUUGGCAAUUUUCAAGGCGUCGCUGAAGUCCAAGUCCGUUCUCACUGACGUCUUCCUCCACGGCAAAAACUAGGCUCCCAUGCAUUAUUACGGGCGGUCGUGACCGGAACUGAAAGGCGCCUGUCCUCCCGGUUAUCUCGUGGAUGGCAUCAAAGGACCGGGUGGCUUUUGUGAUGCUUUAACAUCUGUUUCUACUUUACUUUGUUGUCGUGGGAAGAACGUUGGCAGUACGUAGUAGUAGGUCGGUUUUGCGACUUUUGUGUGUUUGCUGAGCAAUGCACAAUCGGUGUAUCUUGUCGAAAAUGUG